CACACUAUUUUUUUUUCUCUGCUCCAUAGUUGAAAAAUUACUGGUUAAUGCCUUAGAAAUAGUUAACUAGACCCCACUAUCACUGUAAAUAAGGAGACAACCAAUGCGAAGUAGACAUAUAGUGCUUGGCAGGGCUCCUGGAGUUGGAUGUAUCAGUUCAACCGGGAAUUAUUGGGGUUUGGGAUGGAGUCUACGGCCCUUAACUCCUAUGAUAUACCAAUCAAGACAAAGAUCAUGGUAUAAUCCAUUGAGUAAAUUCAAUACCAAAGGAACAAUGCAGUUGAUACAGUCAAAAACAUCAAAACCAUCUAUAGAGGUUCCAGAAACAUCAAAUACCCAAAAUCUGUUAGAAGAACUUAAACAUUUGUUACGAGAACCAGGCAAAUUAAAAGUGAAAAAUCAGAAAUUAGCCAAUAAGUUUAAUACUUAUAUACAACAUACUCAUACAAUAUCUUCAGCAGAGAUUGAAAUACUCGAUAAAAUCUUCGGAGAGAUUCAAACCUCUAUCAGAAAACAAAGAGCUCAUAUUCUAGACUAUUAUCCCAUAGAAACUCUCAUAAAGUUAUUUGAGCUCACAUGCACAAGCAUCCUUGAACAAGACAAUAUUCAAAACCAAAUAGAAAUCCAAACGAACAAACAAGUGAAAAGACCACAAUUCAAGUUACCUAAAUAUAUGGUUAUGUUAAUAGAAAUCUUUUCAAAAUCAGAUAUAAAUAAAAUUCCCAUGAGAAUAUUUUCAAAAAUUAUCGAUCUUGGUGCUACACUUCGAGACCUUGAGACGGUAAUAUAUAGUUUAAUAAUAAGUAAAAAGGAUGAAAUCUCACCUGAAUUUACUAAUGAACUUCUAAACUAUUACCAAAAUGAAAAAAAAAUUGCCAAUGAUGUUAGAGAAAAGACCGUAAUGGACAUAUUUGAAAUCUUAUUAUCAAGUUCAAUUAAAAUCCCAUCUGCCAAUAUAUUAGGUGAUUCAUAUUAUACCCAAUUCAUACAAUUCAUAGAAUUCUUAUUUCAAGAAAGUGCCCCUACUACUCACCCAUAUAAGAGUCUUGAAAGAAGUAUAGAUAGAAUUCAGUAUAUGACAUGGCAAAUGCUUUCAACUAUAAAACCUGAUAUAUCCAAUAAAAUCAAAAUAGAGCUCAUUUCCUUUGCGAUUGAAUUACUUUCAGCUAAUAAUGAUAUCAAAUUAAAAAAUACAGUGUUAACUGUAUUAAAUCAAUUAAUGAACAAUAGUCGUAAUCAAAACCAUGAUAUAAUAAAGGAUGCUAUAUUCCAACAAGAUUUGGAGAAUGAGAGUGUAUGUGAAAAUAUAUUAUAUACAUGUUGGAGUAAUGAUCAAUUCAGUGAUCUCUCUACUCAAUUAUCAGAAUUUAUUAUGAUGAAUGAUGUUAAAUUUAGUGUCACGAUGAGAUUACAGGCUAAUAUUUACAAGAUACUCCAUUCUGAUUUACCAGAAGAUAUUGAUAUGUCUGAAGCUAUAAUAUAUGCCGUUGAAGAUGCCACCACUAAUCAGUUGAAUGAAUUGGAUAUGAAUCAUAUUUAUACUAAAAUUAUGAAAUGUAUUAGUACAUCUAUAGUAUCACCCAAUAGUGAGACUGUUCAUGCCAUAACUAAAUAUUUUAGAAGUCAACAUCAUAUAGAAUUCUCGGCUGAAUCAUUUAAGUUCAGAAUAGAUAAAUCUAUACAAACCAAGGAUUGUCAAGAAGCAUUAGAUAUAUUUGAUGAAAGUCAAAUUUAUACUAUACAAUGGCAUUCUGAUUCUAAUCCUGCUAUAUUUAAAACAUUAAAUGAUUUAAUAAUAUUAGUAUGUGAACAUUAUGAUAAUAUUUCUGAUAUUUUCCCUAUAUUCACUCGAAUUAAACAACAUAUACCGGGAACUUGUAAUAUUGAAGCCAUAACUGCUCUUUCUAAUAAGAUGUUACAAGCUGAAUUUAUAGGAGAUUUAAUUGAAAUGUUGAAAAGAGAAUUACCAACUAUAGAUAAAUAUUCAAGUAUAAGAUUACCUAUAGAGAAGCCGUAUGGUAUAAAAUAUUUACAUCUAUUUAAGCAAUUACAUGAAUUUGCAAUUACUUAUUGUAAUGAAGAAACAUUUGAAACUAAUUGGGUAAUAUAUGGAGAAAUUCAAAGAUAUUUUAAUAUUCCUUAUAAAGAUUAUUUACCUGCUAUAGAAUUCUUCUGUAAUAAGGGAAGAUUUAAUGCAGCAUUAUUAAUAUUCCGUAGAAUAAGACAAAAGAGUGAAAUGUUUGAUCAUCUACCACCUCUGAGAGAAAUUUAUAUGUAUCUCUUUAAAAUAUUUGGAGAUAAUUUAUAUGAAGAAGGUAUAAAUGAAUUAUAUUCAUAUUUAAAUUUAGAUACUAAAUUAGAUACUCAAGAUAUUCAAUUACAAAAUAGUAUAUUAAAUGCUUUUGCAAAUUUACAAGAUGUUGCAAGAGCUCGAGAUUUAUUUUUAACUAUGACUUCAAAUCCAAAACAAUAUGGAGGAGUUAAUGAAGAAACAGCUCAAAUUAUGAUAAAGGCAUAUACUUAUCGAGAUCUUGCUUAUGUACAAAGAUUUUGGAAUAAUUUAUCACAAUUUGAAAUUAUACCUAAUCAUGAUAUGUAUAAACAAUAUUUAAUUGCUCAUGUAUAUCAUGGAUAUGUUGAUGAAACUUUUGAAUUAAUUGAAGAAAUGGAUGAUUAUGAUUUACUUAUGACUACAGAUAUCUUAAUUGCUCUAAAUAAUUUUUGCUUUGAAGAGGCUGGGCAAAGGAAAUUAUCAAAUUGGGCAGAAUCCAACUAUCCCAAAUUAUGGCAAGAGGCUGUUAAUUCUGGUUUAUUGACUGGUGCAUCUAAUUAUAUGCCUUCACAUAAUUUAAUUGCUGGACAAACAGAUUAAUAGCUUGUUACUACUUGUAUAUAUGCAAUUAUUAGACACUCAAUACAAACU